GGCGACUCCUGCCCUGCGGGUGGCGCUGUGGGGAGGCGGCCGCGGUCGGUCGGCGGCGCCGGGUCGGAUGCGGCGAGGAGGUUUGUCCCCGCUCGCCGCCCGUCGCUGGCCCGGCGGGGCUGACGUGUAGUGCGCGGCGGCGAUGGCGGCCGCCUGGGAGGAGAUUCGGCGCCUGGCGGCCGAUUUCCAGCGGGCGCAGUUUGCCGAGGUGGCACAGAGAUUGUCAGAACGGAACUGUAUAGAGAUUGUCACUAAACUGAUUGCUGAAAAGCAGUUGGAAGUAGUGCACACGCUUGAUGGCAAAGAGUAUAUCACUCCAGCACAGAUUAGUAGGGAGAUCCGGGAUGAGCUUCAUGUUUGUGGUGGUCGAGUAAACAUUGUUGACUUACAACAGGUAAUAAACGUGGACCUUUUGCACAUUGAAAACAGAGCUAACGACAUUGUUAAAGCAGACAAAACAGUUCAGCUUGUGCUGGGACAGCUUAUAGAUGAGAGUUACGUAGAUCAAUUAGCAGAAGAAGUAAACGAUAAACUGCAGGAAACUGGCCAGGUGACAAUAUCGGAACUCUGUAAGGCAUAUGACCUUCCAGGAGACUUCUUAACACAGGCAUUAUCCAGGCAUCUAGGUAAAAUUAUUCGUGGGCAACUAGACCAGGACAACCAUGGGGUGAUUUAUACAGAAGCCUUUGUUUCUCGGCAUCGAGCACGCAUUCGUGGUCUCUUCUCUGCAAUUACUCGGCCUACCCCUGUAAGUAACUUGAUCACUCGUUACGGAUUUCAGGAACAUUUACUUUACUCUGUGCUAGAAGAACUUGUUAACACUGGUCGUCUAAAAGGCACCGUGGUUGGUGGGAGACAGGAUAAGGCUGUGUUUGUUCCAGACAUCUAUGCCAGAACACAGAGCAACUGGGUGGACUCCUUUUUCAAGCAGAAUGGUUACUUAGAAUUUGAUGCAUUGUACAGACUUGGCAUCCCAGAUCCAGCAGGCUACAUUAAAAAAAGAUACAAGUCUACAAAACUCUUACUUCUGAGAGCAGCUUGUGUUGGUCAAGAAAUUGUGGAUCAAGUAGAAGCUUCUGUAGAGGAAGCAAUCAGCUCUGGAAACUGGAUAGAUGUAGCAACUCUUCUGCCCAGUUCAUUGUCAGCAGAAGAUGCUGGUAUUUUGCUUCAGCAAGUGAUGCGAUCUUUCAAUAAGCAUUCUUCAGGUUUAGUCUUCAGUGACACCAUUGUGGUCAGUGAGAAAUUUCUAAGCAGCUGUGUUGAUCUGUUUUCUGAUUUGAUGCAACAGAAAGCUGAAAAGGAAAUGAAAGAUAACCCUGUUAAUUUAAUCACUGAAGAAGAUUUAAAACAGGCAUCCCUUUUAGAAAAUUCAUAUGCUAAUAAAAAAGACAAAAAGGAUGAAAGAAGAAAGAAAGCAACAGAGGGCAGUGGAAGCGUGAGAGGAGGAGGAGGUGGUAAUGCUAGAGAGAUCAAGAUUAAGAAAACAAAAAAGAAAGGAAGAAAAGAUGCCGACAGCGAUGAAGAAUCACAAACAACCAGCACAAGCAGGAAUAAGCAGCCGGAGUUCCCUUUCCUGUCCCAAGAAGAAAUUCAGGAUGUUUUAAAGACCCACAUAGAGGAUUGCCCUGAGGAGCUUAUUACAGAACUUGCUGGGCAUCUAAUAAGACCUCUAACAAAAAGUUACCAGGAAGUUGUACGUUCUGUUUUUGCAUCUUCAACAUCAUCUUCCUCUGGAGCUAGCAGAAGACAGACGAUGAAGGACUUGCAGGAAGAAUUCUCAAAUUUGUACAAUAACAUUCGGUUAUUUGAAAAGGGAAUAAAACAUUUCACAGAUGAGACUCAGACUAACCUUGCUAAACACCUGCUGAAGACUGUCUGUACAGACAUUACAAAUCUUAUUUUCAACUUCCUAGCAUCUCAUUCAAUGAUGACAACAGAAAAUUCUUCUGCCAUCACAAGUGAGGUCAGGACCAAGAUUUUAGGUAAAUUACCAGAAGACACUAAAGGUCCUUUAACUAAACUGCAUACUUCUCUGAAUGGCAAGAGUUUAGAAGAUUUUCUUUCGUACCUUGAUUCUGCAGCGGAUGUUUGUGAUAUUAUGGUGAAGAAAGGGGACAAAAAGAAGGAAAGACAAGUCCUGUUCCAGCAUAGACAAGCUCUGAUUGAACAGCUAAAAGUCACAGAAGAUCCAGCUCUUGUUCUGCACCUGACAUCUGUCCUGUUAUUUCAGUUUUCAACCCACUGUAUGCUUCAUGCACCAGGAAGAUCUGUACCACAGAUCAUUAAUUUCCUAAGUAGCAAGAUCCCAGAGGAUCAGCAUUCUCUUUUAGUCAAAUACCAGGGAUUAGUGGUGAAACAACUGAUCAGUCAGAGUAAGAGAACUGAACAGGGAGAUGGUGACACAACAGGUAACCCAGAAGAGGAGGAACAAGCAGAUACCAUUCGAAAAGAGCUCCAGGAAAUCACUACCUCUAUCAAAGAUCUCGUUCUCAGACCCAGAAAAUCUUCUGUAACAGAGGAAUAAAACCAUGGUUCAGUGUAUCCAUGUGCAUGGCACAGUCAGUUGUUUUUUUUUUGGGGGGGGGGGGGGGCUCUUUUUAAAUCCUGAAGAGAAGGAUCACAGAAAAUGCUUGACAAAAAUUUGGCUUUUUACAAUUGCAAAUUACAGCCAGGGAACAUAGUUGUUGGAUGAUGGUGAUAAAUGGAGUUUGACUAAAUACUACUGCAGCGUAUAUAACAGACAUUGUAAUGCAUUGAAUGUUAACUGACAGAGCACAAUUGUGAACACUUUGGGUAUGAAAUCAAUGUUUUUAAAUGGGCAUCUUUAUGUGAGGCCUCAAGAAAUGGUUAUUUUUCAAAUAACAGUGUAUUCUUUUACAUAGAGGCACAGGCUUAUAGUUUUGCUUUUCUGGUGUGGAUUUAUAAGAAUUGCAGCACUGUGUAUAAGCCUAUGUAUCUUGGUUUCAAAGACUAGUUUUGCAACUAUAAUACUGGUAUCUAAUAGUGUACAAAUGAAAUGCCAUCUUUACUUUUCUAUAUAAGUGGAUGAUAUUUUGAGCUUAUAUAUGAACAACAGAGAAAUUCAAAACUGUUCACUAGACCACAACAGUAAGAACAAUGAAUACACGUAAAAAUCUCUAAAUCUAAGAGAAGAGACCCAGUAUUACUGUGAUUUUCUAAAUGUACUGUAAUCUUAUGAAAAUCAGCACACCCACACUACUAAUAUAUCAUGUUAAUGUCCGUGAUAGCAGCUCAUUUGAAAACUGGUAAUGGAGACAGGAGGAGAUAUCCUUUAGCAUGGGUAUUUUGUAAGUGGAGAAAUACUGUUAUGCCUGCCAUAUUUAACAUUCUCUGUGUUCAUUCAGUAAACUGGUUGAGUUCUCAAUCCAGUUCCCAUAGUGGUUAGAGGCAUGUGCUUUGCAUUCUGUGAUCUUUGAGAGAACUUGUGGUAUUAUCCUGAGUUUCUUGAAAAGAAUUUAAAUGCUAACUUUUAAGAUCUUUUUACAUAAACUUUAUAUGCUGAAAUCUGUUUGUCUAAUCUGAGGAAGCUAAAUACAGUUACAGUGUUUCUGUCAAGUUUUUACCAGCCUUAUUUAUACAUGAGUUGUACUGAAUGUCUUGGGGAAAGUGGAAACUGUAAAGUACAUCAGAGUUCUGCCAGUGUUAAUGACAUAAUUCUCAUAUGUCAAUUAUUGCCAACUUAUUUUUAAUAGAAGAUCAUUUUCAAACAUGAGCUGUUUUAGUAUUACUUAACCUUGUUUUACUUCCAUAAUGCCCAGUGACUUUGUGUGUAAUUUCAGGGUUCUGCAUAAAACAACGGUUGAGUAGUAAAACAGGAAAUACAGCUGUUCACUGAAAAUCAUUCACCCAUUAUGCCAAAAUUCUUUGAUACCAAAAGAAAAUAAAUAGUUUGGAUUCUC